AUGGCUUUGAGAUUAGGUAUUAACGGUUUUGGUAGAAUCGGUAGAUUAGUAUUAAGAGCUGCUGUUGAAAACCACGCCAACGAAGUCAAGGUUGUUGCUAUCAACGAUCCCUUCAUGGAUGUCGACUACCUCAUUUACUAAUUGAAGUACGACUCUGCUCACCUUAAGUUCCCUGGUAAAAUCGAAAAGGUUGACGACCACACCAUCAAGGUCAACGGUAACAACAUCACCUUGUUCAAGGAAAAGGAUCCCGCUGCUUUAAAGUGGGGUGAUGCUGGUGCUGAUUUCGUUUGCGAAUCCACUGGUGCUUUCCUUACCUAAGAAAAGGCUGCUGCUCACUUGAAGGGUGGUGCUAAGAAGGUCAUUCUCUCUGCCCCUGCUAAGGAUGACACUCCUACCUUCGUCUUCGGUGUUAACCACAAGAACUACAACCCCUCCUAAAACAUUAUUUCCAACGCUUCUUGCACUACCAACUGUCUUGCUCCCGUUGCUAAGGUCCUCCACGAAAAGUUCGGAAUUGCUGAAGGUCUCAUGACCACUGUCCACGCCUCCACUGCUACCUAAUUGGUUGUUGAUGGUCCCUCCAAGGGUGGUAAGGACUGGAGAGCUGGUAGAGCUGCCUCAACCAACAUCAUUCCUUCUUCCACUGGUGCUGCUAAGGCUGUCGGUCUAGUUCUCCCUGCCUUGAAGGGUAAGUUGACUGGUAUGUCCUUCAGAGUUCCUACCAUUAACGUCUCUGUCGUUGAUCUUACCGUCAGACUCGAAAAGGGUACCACCUAUGCUAACAUUUGUGAAGCCAUGAAGGAAGCCUCCGAAGGUGAACUCAAGGGUAUCUUGGGUUACACCAAGGAAGAAGUCGUCUCUCAAGACUUCAUGCAUGAUGCCAGAACCUCCAUCUUCGAUCACAAGGCUGGUAUUGGUUUGAAUGAUAACUUCCACAAGAUCAUUUCUUGGUAUGAUAACGAAUGGGGUUACUCUAAUAAGUUAAUUGACCUCGCUCUUCACGUCAAGAAGACCUCUGGACUCUGA